UCUGAAGGUACAAUUUCGCAGGUUUGGCGUUUUCCUGAUUUUAAAUGUGACCAAAUUACCAAUCAACAUUACAAAAAACAACCGAGAGUACACUCCAGAAAAUGACUUCUAGAAAUGGAAAAUCUGCUAUUACCAGCAAAUUUGGCAUAAAACUAGGUGUCUCCAAGUCUGACACAGAGAUUGAUAAACUCAGAAAAGAAAAUGCACUCCUUAAAAAGACCAAGGACAUGGAUAAAAACAAGCUUUUAGAGACCAUUCUUAAACUUGAAACUUUAAAAGAGAAGAACACCCAGCAGCUUGCAGCCAAGGAAAAUGAAGUUAUUACUCUUAGGCAGCAGUUGAAGCAGAAUGGGGAUGUUGUCGCCUUGCGUUCCCAGCUGGCUGAAAAGAAUAAGGAGGCAGAAAGGAGAGAACAGUUAUUUAAGUCUCUUGCUGAGGAGACGGAGAGUUUGAAAAACAAGUAUACUGCUAUUGCUGCCAAAUGCCAAGAGUUUGAAAAUCAAGUUGGCGGAAAGGAUGCAUCGUCGCAGGGAAACCGAAAUUACAAAACUUCAACUGAAAUUGUAGUGAUUCAGGAACAACUAAGAGAUGCUCUAGACAAGAACCAACAGUGGCUGGUUUAUGACCAGCAGCGUGAGGCCUAUGUUAAGGGAUUGCUGGCAACAAUGUUUGAGCUAGAGCAGAAGUUAAGUCAAGCCAACCAAUCACUCCAACACCGGCACAAAGAAGGCAAUUCAGAAGAAAACAAUCCUGACAAAAAACAAGAGUACUAUGACAAGGUUGUACUAACAGCCAAACAGGAUCUUGAGGCACAAAAGAACACUGUAAGCCAAUUACAGCAGGAGCUGUCUGAAUUAAGAGAGAAAUAUGACCAACAAUCAAGAGAAGUAAAAGACCUAAAUCUAAAGCUCCAUUCAGAACGCAUAAAUAGCAGGCAGUAUGUCGAUGAUGAGAAGAAGCGCAUGGGGGACAACAUGCAGAGGCUGAAAGAAGAGCUUGAAAAUGCCAAAGUUCGAUUUGAGGAGGAAAGAAAAAGAUCAUCAGAUUUGUCAUCACAGGUGAAUCUCCUUCAGAAAUCAUUGUUAAGCCAACAGGAGGAGCAAACGAAAAUUGCUGUCCUGGAGCAGCAGAUACAUAUUUCCACUAAAGACUUUGAAAGUGAAAAACUGGAUCGGCAGAGUUUACAACAACAGCUGCAUAAAGUGAUAAAGGAACUACGCAAAGCCAGAGAACAGAUAACGAGGUUAGAAACGACGAAACAGCUGCAAGAGUUCCGUCUAUCUGAGCCUAGCUGCAGCAACACACAUGAGUUUCAUGAGCAGCCACCUAUGCAGGAUCCAGCUUUGUACCAUACAUCCUCUCCCAAGAUCUCCAAUCUUCUUGACGAGAGUUUUCUGGAGUGCCCAAGAUGCAGAGCCAGAUAUCCAACCAGUCGGCAUCGUGAACUGCUGACACACAUUGAUUACUGUUUAGAAUAACCCGGUUAAGGGAAAUAUAUUUGAAUGUUUGUCCUUUUAAUAUGAGCUGGAGUGUUUAUAUUCAGGUCUUUUUUAUAUUAAAAC